GUUUAAUUUGUUUGUGGUCUCUCAAAUGAGUAUUUAAUUUUAAACUGUAUGCUUGUCAAAAUCUAACCCGGAAGUAAGAAAUGGUCACAUACGUUCACGAAAGAUUAUAUCGUGGCAUAAUUCGCAGAGUAAUAUAAUUCAGCAAUAUUAACAUAACACAGAUUGAAGAAAUGAAUGCGCGGAAUAUGUCUACAGAAAUAGAAUAUUUGAAGCAGCAGACGUCUACAGAAAUACAACAUUUGAAGCAGCAGAUGUCUACAGAAAUACAGUAUGUGAAGCAGCAGAUGUCUACAGAAAUACAAUAUGUGAAGCAGCAGAUGUCUGCCGAGUUACAAUAUUUGAAGCAGCAGACGUCUACAGAUAUGAAAUGGAAAUUAUCUGGUAUUCGAGAAAAUGCAAUGGAGAUAGGAAAUUUGAAGCAGCUGAUGUCUUACAGAAAUAAGAAAAUUGACAGAGAAACAGGCCUAGAGUCAGACAAAUUGAAGUUGAGAAAGAUAGAGGUAUUGGAGAAGAUGCCUGCACCUUCAUCAAUAGAGGAAUUGCAGGAGACGAUAUCUGCAAAUGCAUCAGAAAUAGAGGAAUUGCAAGAAAAGAUGCCUGUAAAUUUAUCAGAGAAUGGCCUAGAGGAAUUGCAGGAAAAGAUGCCUGCAAAUUCAUCAAAGAUAGAGGAAUUGCAUGAGACAAUAUCUGCAAAUUCAUCAGAGAUAGAGGAAUUGCAAGAAAAGAUGCCUGCAAGUUUAUCAGAGAUAGAGGAAUUGCAGGAAAAGAUGCAUGCAAAUUCAUCAAUGAUAGAGGAAUUGCAGGAGACGAUAUCUGCAAAUUCAUCAGAUAUAGAAGAAUUGCAAGAAAAGAUGCCUGCAAAUAUACCAGAGGUAAACCUAGAGGAAUUGCAGGAAAAGAUGCCUGCAAAUUUAUCAGAGAUCGAGGAAUUGCAGGAAAAGACGCCUGCAAUUUCAUCAAUGAUAGAGGAAUUGCAGGAGACGAUAUCUGCAAAUUCAUCAGAGAUAGAGAAAUUGCAGGAAAAGAUGCCUGCAAAUUUAUCAGAGAUAGAGGAAUUGCAGGAAAAGAUGCCUGCAAAUUCAUCAAUGAUAGAAGAAUUGCACGAGACGAUAUUUGCAAAUUCAUCAGAGAUAGAGGAAUUGCAGGAAAAGAUGCCUGCAAAUUCAUCAGAUAUAGAAGAAUUGCAAGAAAAGAUGCCUGCAAAUUUACCAGAGGUAAAGGAAUUGCAGGAAAAGGUACCUGCAAAUUUACCUGAGAUAAAGGAAUUGCUGGAGAAGAUAUCUGCAAAUUCGUCAGAGAUAGAAGUUUUGAAGAGGGAAGAGAUAGGGGAAUUAAAGGAACAGAUAUCUGCCAAUUCAGCAGAGAUAAAAGAUUUGAAGAGAGAAGAGAUAGAGAAAUUGAAGGAGACAGUAUAUAAAAAUUCAGGAGAGAUAGAAAACUUGAAGUUUAGGACUGACCUAAAACAAAUUUAUCAGAAGAUAUCUGCAAAUAAAAGCAUCAUAUUAGUUGUUGAGGACGAGAUAGCACAAUUUAAACGGAAGUCUGAUAAUUUUGAGUCCAAGGUACAAGCAAUGAAAUAUGAAUCUGAAGAGUUUGUGGGCAGUAUAGCAUACUUGCGAAAGAAGUCUACACAUUUUGAAAAUGAGAUAGACAGAUUGGACAGCAGAAUUACAGGAUUAAAUUGGUAUUAUCCUAGACCAUACUAAGACAAUUUUUCUACAGACAUAUUUGAAUUCUGAAUAAAAACCAUGAAUGAAUGAACAGAAAAAUAUAA